GGAUGCGCUGGGAUGCGCUGGGAUGCGCUGGGAGCCUCUCCGAGCGCGCUGUCGGCUCAGACCCACCGGCAGAGAGGACAGGUCAAAGGCAGAGCAGAGGGAUGAGGACUCGCCUGGGCUGCCUGUCUCACAAAUCAGACUCAUAUAAUGAUUUCACAGCUAUUCUUCCGGACAAGCCCAACCGGGCUUUGAAAAGACUGUCUACAGAAGAAGCGACAAGAUGGGCAGACUCUUUUGAUGUCCUUUUGUCCCAUAAAUAUGGGCUGGCAGCUUUCCGUGCUUUCCUGAAGACGGAGUUCAGCGAGGAGAACCUGGAAUUCUGGCUGGCCUGCGAGGACUUCAAGAAGACGCGCUCGGCGGCCAAGCUGGCGUCCAAGGCCCAGCGCAUCUUCGACGAGUUCAUCGACGUGCAGGCCCCUCGGGAGGUGAACAUAGACUUCCAGACACGGGAGCUGACGAGAAGAAAUGUGCAGGAGCCCUCCCUGUCUUGCUUUGACCAGGCUCAGGGGAAGGUGCACAGCCUGAUGGAGAAAGACUCGUACCCCAGGUUCCUGAGAUCCAAAAUUUACACAGACCUGCUGUCUCAGACCCAGAGGAGGCUCAGCUAGAGCAGCGACGGGGCCCUCAGAAACCACGUGCUUCCCAACAGCCAAAACCCAUGUCUAAAUGUGAAACUUUCUCGGUGUUAAAAGCAGUGGGAAUGGGAAAAGAGGGAGAAGGGGCAGAGGAAACUUCCAGAGAGUGAUCCAGGUGUUGUGUUAAGACUCUUUGACUUUCUGUGCUUUUUUUUUGGUUUUUUUUUGGUUUUUUUUGGUUAGCAGUAGCACCUUGCAGUCGUUGCCUCUCUCUAGAACAAACCCAAAACCCUCCCGAGUCACGGGCUGCUCUGUGGGGCAGGGCAGGUUUCCUGUAAAAUCACUGGGCUGGUUUGUGUGUAAAUAACACCUUUCCAUCCUCCCACACAUCUCCCUGUCUCUCACCUCUCCCUCGUGCCUGGAAGGGCCCCAAGGGCAGCUCUGACUCUUGUGAAGCCACAUCCAGCCCACGUCUCACACUUUGGCUGCUCUGGACCCAGAGAGCAAGAGGAGGGAGAGAGGGGACAAAGGCACAGGGUUCAUUAAUUCCCUUUUCCUGGAGUGCAAACCAUCAGCAAACUCAGCUCACCUCCCCCUUUUGUUUGCACACCUCAUGCCGUGGCUGCUACCCUGCCACUGCCCCUUUCCCUUCAGGCUCAGAGAAUUCUCCACAGGACUGUGGAGGAGCUGAGUUUUCCCUGUGAGGAAGGUAAUCCCAGGAGCUCUCACUGAGCCUGGGCAGGCCAUGGGGAUGAUUGUUUUUCAUGGCUGUGAUUUAUUUGCGUGGUAGCUCAGCCUCAGGGCCCCAGGCUCUGUUGUGCUGGGCACUGGACCAAAACCUUGCACAAAGGGGCUGCCACAGGCUUGGUGGCUCCUCAGGAGCCAGUUAGGAGAGAGUGGAGAGGCAGGAAUGUCCCCUCUGCCCCUUGCUGAGGUGUAGGAAAAGCACAAGACCCGUCUGCCACAGCAUUUUCCAUGCGGUACCUGGCCGGCACACGGCAAGGUGAAAAAUCACAUUUCUGUUUUUGCUAUUUCCUGAUUACUGACUGUUCCUACUUCCCAGCUGCCCACUGUGGGUUCAGUGCCCUGCAAAGAGCUCCCCAAGGCACAGACCCUGCUGCAGGGUGCUGCUUGCAGAGGGACACUGAGAGCAUGGGCUGAGCAGAUGGGUGUCUGGGUGUGCAGUGGGGCGUGAGCUGCUCUCUGGCCCUAUCCCCACGGCCUGGCUGGCCACUGCAGGAGAAGAUUCUCUGCAGGUAUCAGGGGUGUAGCACCUCCCCUGUACUGGGCAAUAAUUCCUACCAUCUGAUGGCCCCAUUUCUGUGGCAUUGCUGUUCCAGCUUGGCAGAUUCCUGCAAUAUUUUUGAGGGGAGAAGCAGACAGCCUGUCUGUGAGUUUGAGCUGACAGACCAGAGGUCUGUUUUCUUAAUUUCAUGAAGGCCUGGAAAGCGAACCCAUGGAUCUUUUCCUUCUCUCAGUCAUCCCCAGACCUCUGCUCCAGCCAGGGGUGGUGGGUGGGUUUGAUUACAUCAGAAAGCUGCUGAUAAAGACUUUGUGCAAUGUGGUGCAAAUGAGGUAGAAUGAAUUCUAAAGCCAAGCAUAACGUGUUUGGAACAAGAUUAAAAAAAAAAUCUGGCUGGAUAUUAAAAAUUACUGUCCAUCAAUUAGGUAGGGGACAGCUUUUUGAGGCUUUUUGCAAGGAUGAUGUGCAGGACAGUAGGACAAAUAGGUUCAGGACCAAGACAGAGAUGGUAACCAUGCUGGGUUUAUUCUGGAGGUGCAUUCCUGUGGUCUCCAAGACACUGAAGUUCAAAUACAGAAGUGCAGACUUUGUGUUCAGUAGGGAAACCUGCUCAGGAAACCUUCAGUAGGGUGCCUGGUUGGUCAGCAGCAGAAUCCUCCCUGUCUUUGGAAGGCAAAUCCCACCUCCAGUUAAAUUUCCAUGAGGAAUGGCGAGAAAGAGCAGCAGUGGGGGACAUCUGGAAAGUGCUCCAGAUCUGCCAUGAUUUCUCCAGGGGCACCAGAUCAUGCAGGAGCUCAGUGUCCCAGAGAUUUAUGGCAAGCAAGGCACAGUGAGACAGGUCUGGGGAACCUGUGCAAUGCGUGGAAGUUUUACAGACAAUUAUAAGUUUGGUCCAUUUACAUAUCAGGGGUUAAUCCUCCAAUUACAGCUUCAGUUAAUGAAGUCAUAUACCCCCACUUUGCUCCCCCAUAAUUCACUUUUGUUGAUACUUUUUGGGGCCUGAGGCUGAAGGGUGUCCUUGAGCUUCAGGUCGGGAGGGAUCAUUUUGUCUGACCAAAAUGUGAAGACAGUACUUAACACUCUGCAUGGAGUUUAGAGUUAUGCACUAAAGCAGUACAGGACUUGAAAAAUAUCAAAGCUAAAAUAAAAGCAUCAGCCUGUGGUCCCAGUUUUACCCAGUGACCCCUCAGCUUCCCAGCACUGUGGCAUCAAACAAGUGUUGCAGGUGGUGAAGGGAGGCCACUUUGUCUGGCCCUGCCUUCCUCCUUUCCACCUUCCUCUUGUGCAAGAAGCACCCCAGAGGAUGUGAGAGCCAGCAGCAGGGGGAUGAAGCAGUCAGGGCUUUUAAAGAGAAGGCAGAAGGUCACUGGGGCAGACAGCUGCCUUGUGGAAUUCUCUCCAGGCAGAGCUCCUGAGCGGGCUUGGCUGGUGCUGACCUCUAGUGCCAGCUGAGCACCCCAGACCAGGCUCUGCAGCACCCUGGGGAGGGUCACAGCCGGCCAGGCCAGGGGACACAGCAGGAGGGAGAUGCUCGAGUCGAGGAACGCGAGUGGGGACAAUCCCCAGGCUGCCCUGGUGGCUGCACAGCCUGCUGCUGUUCAGAGUGUGGCUCCACGAGAUCCUCCAGCAGCGUUGGUGCUGCUGUCCCUUCAUUCCACUCAUGGGAAAACUUCAAAGGGGCCAACACCCUGUAAAUCCAAGUUCCCUUCUCUCCCCCACCCACCUGGGGAAUUGCUUGGAGCAGGGCACACCUGGAGAUGCCUUUGCUGCAGUGGUGACAGGAGCUGGAAUCGGGCUGGCUGAUGUAGAAGUGUUUUUCCCAUUAAAUUGGUGCCAGAUAUCCACUGGGAACAGCAUCCUAGAGCACAGAGCGGAGCAAAAGUGUUGUCUGAGGCAUGUGAGUCUACUACAGUUAUUUUUGUUGCUGCUCUUGUAGUUUGCCUCUCUGGAAGGAAAGCAGACUAGUUAUUUAAAGUAAAAUUCUGUUUUUUCUUAAACAAGAAAAUGGCACCAGCUGCUUCUUUUAUGACAAAUGUCGUUCUGAAGUGAAUCAAAAUAAGCAGCUUGUAGCUGUACCCCUUAAACCAGGGGCUGAUCAAGGAAAUAAUGACUGAGCCAAAGCUUUGGAAAGAGCUGAGUGGUGACUAAUCCCCACUGAGGACAAAUAUCCUACCCUUGAUUCAUCUCUUCCUGGUGUGAAAGGGAUAUUCACAACCUACAAACCCAUUUCCCCUCUCCACAAGCACACACCUCCAAAAUUUUCCUCCUGUUUGGAGCAGUGUUAAAGUGUGCCAUCACAUGAAGAGAAGGGAAAAAAAUUGGUUCACUCAGUUCUUUUUAUUCACUUUGCUGGCACACACCCAGACAGCUCCCAGGCAGUUUGAUGGCAGAAGGGAAAAAGAGUUCACAGAUUUCUUUUCCCUUUUUUACGAGCUUCGGGUGAUGCUGACUCCAGGAUCAGAUGCAGAACUCUAAUCCACCUAAAGUUUCUCCUGCUUAGGUGCAUCAGCCAGGCUUGGGAUGAUUUCCAUCACUUUUAGUGGACUCAGAAAUGCACCAAGGGGUCCCUGUUGUCCAUGCUGGGGAGGUGGGAAGGGCAAAGUCACGCCAGUCUAAGCAGGGGAGGGGGAAAUUGCUCUGUGUGUCUGGGGGCGUGGGUGAUGAGAGUGCAUGUGGCUUCAUCUGUAUCUUAUUUAGUGUCCUCUACUAGAGAAGCUUUUCUGAGACAUAGAUGUGCAUGUUAAAAUAGGAGAAUUAGGCAUAAAUGACAUAAACUGAGAUCUUUAGCCAGUGUUGUGUUUGCCUCGUGUAUAAGUCCGAGUAGUAGUAGGAGAUGUAAAACUCUGCUAGGCUUCCAGUUACCCCUAAGAGCACAUGUAUCAAACUGAACUGAAUGUUCACUGAUAGACACAAAACCAAAAUGUUUACAGCAUUCAGAGCAAUAGCAAAGCAUACCUCAUGCCAGUCCUGGAGUGCCUCUCACCCAUCAGUGCAAGCUCUCCCCUCCCUGAGGGCCUCUGGCUUCUCCCUCCAAAGUCCUCUCUCCUUCUCUGUCCUGUCCUGGCUGUCUUCCCUCCUCUUCUUCCUCCUCCUUGAAGCACUCCAAACCUUCCUGUCCACCAGCACUAUUUGUCCUCAUCUAUCUGAGCCUGGGACUCCCCUAACCUGUCCCCGUUUGCCUCUCCUCCAUCCCCAUGCAUCCCUCCUCUCUUCUUUGCCUUUCCCUUCCCCAGACACUCAUCUCUGGCCAUGCCAUCUCCCUCCUACAUGCCUCCUACUGCCACUAAAGUAAAGCUCCUAGGAGCUUUUCCUUGCCUGUUAUAUAAGAACAAAUGUUUCACAUCAUUUCUGCAUUGUCUUUCAUCCCUGGGGCUGCUGCAGUUGUCUCCUUCCUUGGUGCUGUGCUCUCUCUGGCACCGUAGCAUUAUUUCCCAGAACUGGAAUUAAAGUUCAUUUUGCUGCUAGACCAGAAUGCUUCUCUCUACCACGCACCCCUUGGGCUUUGCAGAGGCUCGCCUUGUCCCCAAGUCUUUUGUCUUCCUUCUUUUUCCCCUUCUUCCGUGCACGCUGCACACGCAGUGCUCGUGGCAGGGGCUGGCUGGGGUAGAGGGUCACUCACAGCUGGGCACCCCCGGGGCUCUCUGGUUUAUAAAAAUAGUCUCAGUAAAGGUGUGUGGGUUGUAUUUGCUCGGCAAAGUCAGUCAUUGUGCUCUGUGCCUCCUCCUGGCUUCCCAGGAGAACGUGCCUCUAAUCUGGGACUGCGGUGAACUCAGCGGAGUUCAGGGAGUGAGGCCGUGGGAGGGAGGUGGCAGAGGGGGAUGUUACCAAAAACAGCCAGCAUUCCUGGCAAAAAGGCACGGGAGAAAAGGCAGUGCCUGCUCCUGGAGGGACCAGGGAGCUCUGGGGACCAGCUGUGCAGUGAAUUGUUUGUCUCCAGUAGCCCUACACCUCCCAGUUUGCCUCGUGUGCUCUGUGCCCCAGGCUGGCUCUAAAACGUGAUGGAUGAGGAGCUGCUCAGCCCUGCAUUUCCAGCAUAGAUAACAGCGUUAUCCUGAGAGAAAUGUCUUCAUGGUGCUCUGUCAGUGCCUGCAGCUGAAAAGCAGAGAGGGGAAGGAGGCACCUGCUGCUGUGUUUGCUCCUCAGACCUCUCUGGGACUCCUGGCAGCAAAGAGAGCAGGGGACAGCACACCCUGGGAUAGAUCCCCCUUCCUUAAGAACCACGAGUGAAGAUCUCAUCUUCUUAUAACCUCUCUCCCCAGCUUCUCUAAGAGUUACCCAAAUCACAUUUGUCCUUAAGCUCCUUGGCACCUCCACCCUGGUGGGAUGGCAGUGUCCCCUUGAGGACCUGAUACAAGCACAAGUGCUCACUAAGGCUGCUUGGAAUAACAAAGCUGUCUCAUUCCACUGGAAAUGACCCCGUGGGUGGCUCAGAAGAGACUGGUGAUGGCUCAGCUGCAUGCAGUGAACUCAGGAGUGAGCCACCAGGUAGAAAGAACAGCCCAAAAGUGCUUCUCUCUGCCACAUUUUUAUUUCUGUGAGAUCCUGCUGCUGCAGCUGCCACCUCUGCAGCGUCCAGGUGCUGCUGGUGUGGGGAGGUAUCAGCAGGAGCAGCUGGGGCAGGCCACACAGGCUGUUCAGUCUGAUCCCUUCCCGCUCAGGGAAAGGCAUGGGCUCGGCUCCCUGGGUUCCCCCUGCUUGUUUGCCAGGCUCCCCUUCCCUGCAGAAGCUCCUCAGCCACUCCACAAACCCCUCCGGUGACAAUUCGUGUCACCACGCUGUGCAGUGUUACACCCCUUCUGUAUAGACCCCCUGAGUGUGUAAUAAACAGCCUGAGACUAUUUGUUCUCUGCCUGAG